AUGAUCAACAUGUACCAGACCAACCUGCCUCCACCACCGAUCCCCCCCCGGCUAGGCUCUGUCAAGUCAGCACCAGGCCCGGGCCACAACAAACCUCUCCUCGGGUUCCUCAUUGGUAUGAUAGUGCUCCAAAUGCUGCUACUACUGGGGGGAUUCACCUACCUGUACCACAAGGAAAACAAGUAUGACGAGGACUUUGAACACAAGUACCUGGAUGACAUGAUUGUCCUGAGGAGACUUGGGGAGUGUGAGAAAGACAGCCAGUCAAUGCUGGACUGUGAGAAGCUUGUGGAGAAAUACAAAAACAUAAUGGAAAAGGUCUCAGAAGUGGAAGGAAAAGCUGUCAAACUCACUGGGGGUUUGCUCUCGAAUGGAGCCAUGGCACGCAUGAUAGUCAAGCAACCUGUGGUUGGUGCACUCCCUUCAUCAAAGUAUCUGGAGUGGAACAUAGGCCACUCAGUGCUGAGGAACGUCCAGUACUUCAAGUCCAGCUGGCUGAAGGUUCAGCAGUCUGGAGACUACGACAUUUACUCCCAGGUGGCCUUCUCCAAAUGGCACCCCAAAACCCCUCUGGCCAGCCGGGUGAAGCUGAGGAAGGGGGAGACAGGAGAGGAGAAGAACCUGAUGACAGCCUACUGCAGCCUGGGGGACCAGAAUCGUACAGACGUGUGUACGGCCUUCCAGGGAGGAGUGUUUAGUCUGGAGCCUGAAGACCAGAUCUCUGUGUGGGUGACGGACCCCAGCCUGGUCAACUAUGAGGAGGGGACGACCACCUUUGGAUUAUAUAAACUGUAG